GCUGCUGUGUGGUUGGACCUGUGGUUGUGGAUGUGUUGAAGAGACAACUUCCGGCAUUAUCUGUGAGAUCUUUGUCCGGUUUUUGUCGUUUAACUUUGGGAUUUAUAUUUAUAUUUUUAUUGGAAUAAGAAGAAAGUUUGAUGACGUAGAAUUGACAUGGAAACAAGAUGCCGGCUCGCCGCUUUGUCGGUUCUUCUCUCCGCUCUCUUUGCACCCAGUGUUUGUGUCAUCAGCCCUAAACAGAUUGAUCCCCUGGUGUACGAGGAGCAGCUGCUGUGGGUGAGCGGGUCUCAGGGGGCGGUGAACACCUACAGAAUCCCACUGCUCAGCUUCUCCCCUAAAGGAAGCCUGCUGGCUUUCUCAGAGGCCAGGAAAUUCACACACGGCGAUAUGGGGGCAAAGUUCAUCGCCAUGCGUCGGUCUACAGACAAAGGAGCCACCUGGUCUCCCACCACCUUCAUUGUGGAUGAUGGAACGAAGCCGGAUGGUCUGAACCUGGGUGCAGUGGUGGUGGAUGAGGAAGUGGGCUCAGUGAUCCUGAUCUACACCAUCUGCUUUUACCUCAACCAAUGUUUCCCAGCCAGCAUCAUGAUGGUGGAGAGCAAGGACGACGGCCUCAGCUGGAGCCCGCCCAGAAACCUUUCUGUGCAGCUUGGAAUCAAAAACUUUGCUCCUGGGCCGGGCUUUGGCAUCCAGAAACACUAUGAACCAGCUAAGGGGAGGUUAGUUGUUUGUGGUCAUGGCACACUGGAGGGAGACGGAGUGUUCUGCAUCCUGAGUGAUGAUCACGGGAAAAACUGGUUCAAUGGUGCUGCACUGAAAAGUAUUCCUUAUAACCAGCAGAAGAGGGCACAGGACUUUAACCCCGAUGAAUGCCAGCCAGUUGAGAUGACAGACGGCAGCAUCGUCAUCAAUGUUCGGAACCAGAACAGCUAUCACUGUCAGUGUCGUCUGGUGGUACGCAGUCUGGAUGGAGGAUUGUCCCUGCCUGUAGAGGGUCUGUACUUCGACUACACACUAGUGGACCCUGUUGUAGCAGCUGGAGCAUUGCAGAAAGACGGAGUUCUCUACUUCACCAACCCGGCCAACAAGCAACACAGAGUCAACCUGACUCUGCGCUGGUCGAUGACCGAUGGUAAAACAUGGGAGAAUCAAGCUGUUCAGAUAUGGGCAGGGCCGAGUGGUUAUUCCUGCAUUACAUCACUUAACAGCGGCUCUGCUGAGGACCGGAAGUACAUCUAUGUUAUCUACGAGAAGGGACACAAGGACUACUGGGAGACCGUGUCGUUCGCCAAGAUCCACCUGUUUGGUGGGCAGUAGAGCGGGAGGUUUGUCUCCCGGAUUCAAAUGUUUGGAAGGAAAGGGAAACGGGAACUUGUUGAUUACUCCCACGACUUUCUCAGGAUGAAAAUAAAAGACUUUCAAUCACUUAAAGACUAAAUCAUGUUGGGAAACAGCAGGCACAGAACCAGGAAUGUCAGACAUUGUUAGUUCUGUAAUGAACUGAUAUAAGAGGGCUCCUUUUUAUGGUUAAGUUGCAGAUAUGUCUGUUUUAUUGCAUUCAUGUAUAACAAAGUUUGUUUGUCAUCUUACACCAGAGAUUUUUAAAUUUCUUCCUGGUAAGCAAAAGCAAAUAUGGUGGAACAAUGGACAUUUUUGAAGCAAAUUAACUGUAUUCAGGACAAGGACACUAGUUUCUAUGCAAGUUAAAAUUUCUUUCUUGUAAAUAUUUGUUUUGAAGCUGGAUUUUUUUCCACAAAAAAUGAUAAUACUGCAUUGAAGUAUCACUUCAAACUGAUAAAUGACUCACAGUGGUAAUUUUGGGGUCUUGAACUAAUAUGGUGGUUAUAUGCAUCUGUCACUUACUCCUCUAACAGAGUCAUUGUUUACUUGGUGAUGGUGGAAAUGGUUUUGAAUUUACUUUAACCAAUAGUAAUCAUAUUCAUCUACGAGGUUGCACAAAAAAAUCCCACCUUUGCUUGUCAAUAUAAUGAGGGUACUUUUUGCUCUCAUUAAGAUGUAAUUGUGCCAGAAGUUAUAUAUUAAAAGAUUUUCAUUUUAGCAGAACGGUAUGUAUAAUUUAAAAGAUGAAGUGUGUAUGCGGUUGAAUGUUGACUGAGUGGGUGCAUUACAUAGCCAAAGUUUCUCUUCUGCUGAUUGUUUUCUCAUAGUUUGUCAUUUUAUCUCUGCUUUUUUCAAAUGACAUCACCAGCAUUGUACACUAGUUCACAAUGUGCAAAUGCAGAACACCAUGUGAUCUUUGCUACCCGCAGAAUAAAUAAAUGAUUUCUGACUGUA